CAACCGAUCCCCUCCACUCCACCCGCUGGCCGCUGCCGGCAUCCCUCACUGCUCAGCUCAGGAGUAACCCACACUCCAGCUCCACUCCCCGACCGACACCCCGCGACGCCGCGUUCUCGUUUCCCCGGCGCCGAUCGCGACUCCCCACCCCACCGCGACACCGAUCUCCCGCCUUCCCCUCCCCUCCCCGCCUCGCUGUCUGUCGGCGCCCACCGAACCCAACCACCCCAAAUCCCGCGCGCCCCUAAUCCCCAACCGAACCCGCACGCACUCCACUCCACCUCCAGAUCCACCCCGCCGACGAGACGAUGCCCGAGAUGCUGGUCCAAGACCGCGUCUUCCCGGACGGCGGGAGCAAGCCGCCCACCUCCCCGCGCGCCGCGCCGGGGUCGGACAGGCGCCACCCGCGCCCCUUCGCCAAGAGCCUCGACUUCAGCAACUGGGCCUCCGACAACUCCUCCAGGCUGCUGCUCAUCCUCUUCGCCCUCGCCUCCGUCGCCGCCGUCUUCCUCCUCCGGGGCGCCGGGCCGGACGCCGCCGCGCUCCUCUGCCUCGACCGCUCCCACCCCUCCUCCGCGCCCACCACGCUCCCCUACCCGGACGUCGCCUGGUCCAAGAUCCGGCCCCUCGCGAUCCCCUCCUCCGCGCCGUUCGCCACCUUCCGCGCCGAGCGGUGGAUCGUCGUCUCCGUCUCCUCCCCGCCCACCGCCGCCCUCGCGGCCCUCACCCGCGUCAAGGGCUGGCAGCUCCUCGCCGUCGGCAACUCCCACACGCCCACCGACUGGGACCUCAAAGGCGCCAUCUUCCUCUCCCUCGACCUGCAGGCGCAGCUCGGCUACCGCUCCGUCGACUUCCUGCCCUACGCCUCCCACGUCCGCAAGACCGCCGGCUACCUCUUCGCCAUCCAGCACGGGGCCAAGCUCAUCUUCGACGCCGACGACCGCGCCGAGGUGCCCGGGAACGAUCUCGCCAGGCAUUUCGAUGUUGAUCUCGGAUCUGGGAUCGCCGACCACCCCGUCAUGCUCCAGUACAGCCACGCCGACCCCAACCGCACCGUGGUGAACCCCUACGUGCACUUCGGCCAGCGCUCCGUGUGGCCGCGGGGGCUGCCGCUCGACAAGGUCGGGGAGGUGGCGCACGAGGCCUUCUACACCGAGGUCUUCAGUGGCCACCAGUACAUUCAGCAGGGGCUGUCUGACGGCCUGCCGGAUGUGGAUGCCGUGUUCUACUUCACUAGAAAGCCACCGACUGCGCCGUUCGACCUCAGGUUUGAUCCGGAGGCCCCCAAGGUGGCGCUGCCGCAGGGACUGAUGGCGCCAGUGAACUCCUUCAAUACAUUGUUCCACACACAGGCUUUCUGGGGGCUGAUGAUGCCUGUUUCAGUGAGCUCUAUGGCGGCAGAUGUGAUCCGCGGGUACUGGGCUCAGCGCAUCUUGUGGGAGAUCGGCGGGUACGUGGCUUUCUAUCCGCCGACUAUUUACCGCAAGGAUCAUGUGCAGGCCUACCCAUUCGCCGAGGAGAAGGAUCUGCAUGUCAAUGUUGGCAGGUUGAUCAAAUUCUUGACCGAGUGGAGAUCAAACAAGAGGGCGCUGUUCGAGAGGAUUCUUGAUUUGAGCUAUGCCAUGGCUGAGGAGGGGUUCUGGAUGGAGCAGGAAGUCAGGCUGACGGCUGCUUGGCUGCAGGACCUGCUCGCAGCAGGGUAUCGCCAGCCUCGGCUCAUGUCGUUGGAGAUCGACAGGCAGCGCGCGACCAUUGGGGAGGGUGACAUGAAGGAGUUUGUGCCCAAGAAGCUGCCAUCUGUGCACCUUGGGGUGGAUGAGAUUGGCACAGUGAACUAUGAGAUUGGAAACCUGAUUAAGUGGAGGAAGAACUUUGGUAAUGUUGUGCUCAUCAUGCAUGUUAGUGGGCCCGUAGAUCGUGUGGCCCUGGAGUGGAGGCUGCUAUAUGGACGGAUAUUCAAGACGGUUAUCAUUCUUGCCGAGCAAAGCAAUGUGGAGCUUGCUGUUGACCGCUGCGCUCUGUCACACGCAUACAAGUAUCUUCCCAAGGUGUUUGGAAGAUAUGGUGGUGCUGAUGGAUUUCUUUUCCUCCAAGACCACAUGAUUCUUAACUACUGGAACCUUCUGCAAGCAGACAAGGAAAAACUCUGGAUUACCAAUAAGAUUGCACAUUCUUGGGUUACGGUUCCACUGGAGAGCAAUAAAGAGGAAUGGUUUGUUAAGCAAGGUGCGAUGGUUAAGCAGGUCGUUAGUAAUUCCCCUGUUCAUUUCCAGACCAAAUACAAAGAAAGCAUGGGCAAAGAUAAGAUUGUAUUCUGUGGCAGCGAACUGUUUUAUGUGCCCCGACGGUUUGUUGAGGACUUCGGUGAUCUUGUUGGUCUUGUGGGCGAUUUGGAUCUGCAUCAUAAGAUCGCUGUCCCAAUGUUCUUUUUGGCAAUGGACUCGCCUGAUAAUUUUGAUUCGGAAGCUCUGGCUGGAACAGUUUUCAGGACCAACCUGGCAGCCAAUGAGACAUUCUCCAGUAUUUAUACAGCUCAGUCGCCCGCUGUUUUCCCAGUGAAAGUGAUGAACGAGAUUGAUUUCAUAAAGGUGAUUCGGCUUAUGUCCAAGGGAGACCCUCUUCUGAUGGAGUUGGUAUAAAUAUUCAUUCCUGUUAGUCGAAAUGCAAACAUCAUCCUUGUGGCAGUGAGGACAGAGUAGACAGCGAUAGUUUUGAGUUUUCAGGGAGUUCUCUGUUGUAAUUUCAUUUAUUCUGUAGAUGUUACUUUCAAAGGUGUUGUAUAUUAUGUUGUAUCAAUAGUGACAAGGUUACUGGGGAUCAGCUCGGUCCAGCUGUCCUACUGAAAGAAAGGAAGGAUGGAUACGAGUCUACCAAGGAGAAGAAGAGCUUCAACACGGUCAGCUGUUUUGCAAGAGUUUUGGUGGCUGGUUGUCUAUAGUACAGAUCCACAUUUGAGCUUUCUAUUGUAUCCUUCAACAUUGACAAAUGAAAAUCAGGCAUACUCUCUUAGAGGAACACCUCAUGUUUGUAUCAA